GAAGGAGGCGGCGGCGGCGCCCAUGAGGCAGCGGCAGCGUGGGGCGGGCGAGCGCGGAGCCAGAGCCGCAGACGUCCCCGCCGGGCCCCCGGGGCCCCGCUCCUUGUCCCCGUCCUCUCGCUCGUCCUCGCCGCAGCCAUGAACGCGGAGAAGGACUUCGCGCCCCUCACGCCCAACAUCGUGCGCGCCCUCAACGACAAGCUGUACGAGAAGAGAAAGGUGGCGGCGCUGGAAAUCGAGAAGCUAGUUCGAGAGUUUGUGGCCCAGAAUAAUGCAGUUCAAGUUAAACACGUGAUCCAGAUUCUGUCCCAGGAAUUUGCCCUCUCUCAGCACCCUCAUAGCCGGAAAGGGGGCCUCAUCGGGCUGGCAGCCUGCUCCAUUGCAUUGGGCAAGGACUCUGGAUUGUACCUGAAGGAGUUGAUUGAGCCUGUGCUGACCUGUUUCAAUGAUGCUGAUAGCCGGCUGCGCUACUAUGCCUGUGAAGCCCUGUACAACAUCGUCAAGGUGGCCCGGGGCUCGGUCCUGCCCCACUUCGAUGUGCUUUUUGAUGGGCUGAGCAAGUUGGCCGCUGAUCCAGAUCCCAAUGUGAAAAGUGGCUCCGAGCUCCUGGACCGCCUCCUAAAGGACAUUGUGACUGAAAACAACAAGUUUGACCUGGUGAGCUUCAUCCCCUUGCUGCGUGAGAGGAUUUACUCCAACAAUCAGUACGCCCGGCAGUUCAUCAUCUCCUGGAUCCUGGUUCUCGAGUCCGUGCCUGAUAUUAACCUGUUAGAUUACCUACCUGAGAUCCUCGAUGGGCUCUUCCCCAUCCUGGGAGACAACAGCAAAGAAAUACGGAAAAUGUGUGAGGUGGCUCUUGGAGAAUUCUUAAAAGAAAUUAAAAAGAAUCCCUCCAGCGUCAAGUUUGCCGAGAUGGCCAACACCCUGGUGAUUCACUGCCAGAACUCAGACGAUCUGAUCCAGCUCACGGCGAUGUGCUGGAUGAGGGAAUUCAUCCAGCUGGCUGGCCGGGUGAUGCUGCCCUACUCCUCGGGCAUCCUGACAGCCGUUUUGCCCUGCCUGGCCUAUGACGACCGGAAGAAAAGCAUCAAGGAGAUGGCCAAUGUGUGCAACCAGAGCCUGAUGAAGCUGGUCACCCCUGAGGACGACGAGCCGGACGAGCCCAGGCCUAGGGCCCUGGGCCAUCCCGAGACCAGCCCCGACGACUCUCUGGCCAAACAGGAGGUGACCGCCAAUGGCUGCUUGGAUGCUUCCUGUGACUCCAGCUUCAGUGUCUUCACUCCAGCCAGCUCCGAAGGGCUACCAGUGACGCUGAACCUCGAUGAGAUCAUGCAGGUACUGAACUGCCACCUCCAUGACCCAGCCAUUGGGAUGAUGACCAGGAUCGCUGUCCUAAAGUGGCUCUACCACUUGUAUAUCAAGACUCCCCGGAAGAUGUUCCGACAUACAGAUAACCUUUUCCCCAUCCUACUUCGCACCUUGUCAGAUGAAUCAGAUGAGGUCAUCCUGAAGGACUUGGAGGUUUUGGCAGAAAUCGCAUCGUCCCCUGCGGGCCAAACAGAAGGUGCUGGCCCCUUCGACAGCCCCAACCUGCGGGUCAACCACUCGGAUCUGCAGGCGCCCGCCUCCGGCAGAGCCAGCCUGCUGGGCCCCCCCGGUUCCAGAGGUCUCGAGUGUUCGCCUUCCUCUCCCACCAUGAAUUCUUACUUUUACAAGUUCAUGAUCAACUUGCUGAAGAGGUUCAGCAGCGAGCGCAAACUCCUGGAGAGCAGAGGAGCCUUCAUCAUCAGGCAGCUGUGUCUACUGUUGAACGCCGAAAACAUCUUCCACUCUAUGGCCGACAUCCUCCUUCGAGAAGAAGACCUCAAAUUUGCCUCGACGAUGGUUCACACGCUCAACACUAUCUUACUGACCUCCACAGAGCUCUUCCAGCUAAGAAACCAGCUCAAGGACCUGAAGACUCUGGAGAGCCAGAGCCUGUUCUGCUGCCUGUACCGCUCCUGGUGCCACAACCCCGUCACCACCGUGUCCCUCUGCUUCCUCACCCAGAACUACCGGCACGCCUACGACCUCAUCCAGAAGUUCGGCGAUCUGGAGGUCACUGUGGACUUCCUCACCGAAGUGGACAAGCUGGUGCAACUGAUCGAGUGCCCCAUUUUCACAUACCUGCGCCUGCAGCUGCUGGACGUGAAGAACAACCCCUACCUGAUCAAGGCCCUGUACGGGCUGCUCAUGCUUCUCCCCCAGAGCAGUGCCUUCCAGCUCCUGUCCCACCGCCUGCAGUGCGUGCCCAACCCGGAGCUCAUGCAGACCGAGGAUAGUGUGAAGACGGCCCCCAGCUCCCGGAAGGCGGACGCCCCCAGCAUCGACUACGUGGAGCUCCUGCAGCACUUUGAGAGGGUCCAGAACAAGCACCUGGAGAUGAGACACCAGCGGAGCGGGCGUGGGGACCAGCUGGACCGCAGGAUCGUUCUCUGAGCCCUUGGCACCCACAGCUUGGGGCAGAGGACCACUUGUGGCCUUCACCAAGUCCUCCCCGGGACCCUAGCGGGGAGCUGGGCGGGUGUGGCCAGGCCGCCCCCCAGCCAAAUAGGAAGCCCGUUCCAGGGCACAGGAAGCAUCGCCUGCCCCUGCUGCCCGCUUCUCUGCCCCAUGCCCGGGGGGACCGGGCUGGCUGCGGCUCCCCGGCCCUUCCCGGCUGGGCUGGAGCAGCGGCGGCUCCCUGUGGGCGGCCUGAGAUGUGCCCCUCCACUCAGAAGUACCCCCACCCGCAAUCAGCCUCUUUGUGACCAGCCCCUUGGGCUUGGAUCGAGAGCAGGGCUCGGCCGCCCCUCCCCGAAGCCCCGAUCUCCGGCAUGUAGGUGUCUCUGCACACGUGUAUGUAUAUAUUCUGGCUCCGAUCUCGUCUCCACCUGGGCCACGGAGGUUUGUAUGGAAUGAUGGAGAUCUCCCCCCAAAAUAAAGGAAUGACGCUAAAUUCUA